UUUAAAUUUUUAGUAUUGGAUGGUGGAUAUACCUAUACUUAUACUUCAUACAAUACACACUCAUACAUACACUCAUUACAAUAAUUGUAUUAAUCAUGAAUUCUGACAACAUAGUUUUUGUUUCGUUUUCCGCACAUAGUUUAGGUUAGGUAGGUGUGUGGUUGUUUUCGAGUUUUUUGAAACGUUCCAUUCCUAUACCUACUUGGACGCAUAUUGAAGGCACCAAUGGUUCAUUAAACCAGUAACUAUAUGCUUGACAUUUAUUGGCAUUGUUGUAAAAAAAAAGACCGCUAUUUUGGACGAAAUAUCAUUUUUUGCCGUAAUAAAUUCUAUAACAAAUUAACCAAAUCCACUUGCUGAAAAACAAAAUAAAUUAAACUGUUCAUAAUUUUUUGAAAAACUAAAAUAAUUAAAAAAUAUUUUAGUGGGUUGUUUACAUUGAAAGUAGCUUUGAAAUGGGCUUAAUUUCAACCUCAGCGUCGGUAGGCGCCGCAGCGGCAUCUACAAUAUGGACAUCGUUAAAGUAUCCGAAAAAAGUAAUGAAACAUUUGGAAUUUUAUUAUUCACAUUACCAACAUUACAAUUUGAUAUAUCCAUUGGUGCAAAAAAUAUGAGGCGACCUAGUUUCUAAACGUGUAUGAUACAUUUCAAAAUCACCCAGUGACAAUGAUUCUAAAAAUACCGGCCCCAAAUUGAAACCAAAAACUGAACGGAAUUACACUUUUGUUUCUACGACCGUACAAGAUUUUAAAGACAGUUCUGGCAACAGAUUUCAUUGUGAAUAUGAGGGCUGCCAGAGGACUUACAGUACCAUAGGCAAUCUUCGAACUCAUAUGAAAACACACAAAGGUGACUACCGAUUUAAGUGCACGAUUCCGGGAUGCAGUAAAGCGUUUCUCACGUCUUAUAGUUUAAAGAUUCACGUGAGAGUGCAUACAAAAAUCAAACCAUUCGAAUGUUCUCAUGAGGGCUGCAACAAGGCUUUUAACACAUUAUACAGGCUGAGAGCACACGAGAGACUGCACAACGGCCAAACUUUUAAUUGCGAAAUACCCAGCUGCAAAAAAUUCUUCACCACAUUGAGUGACCUCAAAAAACACCGACGCACCCACACACGCGAAAAACCGUACAAAUGUGCAGAAUCCGGAUGUGGCAAAUCAUUUUCCGCGAGUCAUCAUCUGAAAACUCAUAAUCGCAUUCAUAGCGGCGAAAGGCCUUACGCGUGUAAAGCGAGUCCCGAAUGUGGUCGAGCGUUUGCAACGUCACACAGUCUUAAAUCACACAUAAAGACGCACCAAAGAGGUAUCGCCGGUCAACACCAAAAUGCGCAAAAUGUUAAGGGGGGAAAGGAUCAAUUCAAUGACGAAAAUAACAUGGACUUGGACUUUGCAAGUAAUUUUAAUUUUGAUGGAUAUCAAAAGGAGAUAGGGAGCUGGAAUGAUAGUAGCAAGCAGUGCAAUGAAAAAGUGGAUGCUCAAAAUAAUGAUACGUCUACAAGCGAAAUAACGAAACUGUUAGAGAAUCAAGAUUUGGAACAAAUGAACUUUAACCCCUUGUAUAAUGGCUUUGAUUACAACGACAAUAAUACUGGGGCCGAUAAUAACUUUAUUUUGGGGCAUUCCGAUUCAAUAAACCAUUUGCAGGUCGAAAACAAGGCCAAGUUUGCCGCGGUCAUUGAGACCGACCUAAGUUCCCAGUUUGAAAUGGCGAACGGGCUCAAGAACUAUGCUACCGUCAAUACCACGGAACCUGUAGAUGUCCAGCUUCCUUUUAAUAUCGGUACCGAGAUGGAGAAUGUCGUUAAAAGUGAAACGCUUAUCAAUGAUCCGCACUCGGAAGCGGAAGAAAAUUCGCUGAUUACCGAAUUCGAAAAUGCCGGCAUUGGUCUAUACGACUUGAACGACGGCGACGGUUUCACCGAAAAUAUGUUCAACUUGGGACAAGACGAUGAAACGCCUCUGGCUAAGCCCGCCGGACGGAGCCCCAACGUGCGUAUUUGCAGCGUCAAAACGGUGGUGCCCCCUAACGACGUCGUACCGCAAUACAUUCAGAAACAUAAAACCGCCGUAAACCCGUCGCCUCCGCCAGAAACGCUGCAGCUGUCUUUAGCCAUUCACGAAGAGGUUUCUCCUGCGUGGGACGUAGGCAAUUUCUCGGUCGGUCAGGUGGACGUGUUCCAAGAGAACCCCAGCGAAAAUAAUAAUCCCCUUACGGCAAUCACAACUUCCGUCCAGUCUUGCUUAAGCCUGUCGCCAUUACAGGAUAAUUCGUCGGAACCAUUGCCAGGCAUCAAUUUCUUAGCCGAAGUGGAAAACGUGAGCAAGCUUUUGAAUUCUCUAAAUCCGCAAGAAACUCGCCCAAAGACGUCUGAUGUUUUAAAGGACUUGACCAGUGAGGCGGAGAUAUGCAAGUGUAGCGACUGUAAGUGUGACAAUUUCAGUGAUUGCCAGAAUUGCAAGCCCGCCCCAGCCGAAAUUAGCCCCGCUUCCGCUCUAACCAGCGUCUCCAGACCAAAAAUAACACCGCCUUCAAGCUCUAGCAAAACGCUUUCCAAAAAGCCAGCUAGCUGUUGUUCCAAUGUUAUUAGUCAGUGCGCGUGUAGAAACAACGCAGAGUCGGAAAAUGCGUCUGCGGAAAAUUGUGGUGGCCAAAAGUUUAAGGAAACUGUCAUGGGUAUCGUCAAUUCAACGGACGGAUGUAGAGAAAAGGGAGAGGAGUGUUGCGUCGUGCUGUGCCUUAAAACAAUUAAUCAUCUGAGGCAAAUAAUUAAAUUUGCUACAGAGUGCAAAGGAUUUGAGAACUUUUCGUUGGGUUGUGUCAGUAAGAGCAAAUGCUAGGGUGUGAGAGCAAAUAUUAAGCUAGGCUGUUGUAUUCUGAAGGUAAGGUGGACCCGGAUUUCGAUUUCCGUGACUAACAGUUACAAUUACAGCAGGUUUCUUUAAAUAUUCGCUAACUAAAAGUAUACUAGUCAUUCUUAAUGUUGUUAGUAAGAAAAAAGGUAUGACCUUUUUUUGCUGUAACUAUAUUCUUAAAGGAAUCAUAAAUGAAGUAAUAAAAGUAAAUAUCAAAGUUAUUAGCGGAUUGUAUUAGUACUUAUAAUUUCUGGCGUUACCAUUUCUACUUUAAAAUAUCCAAUACGAAAAGUUUCUGUAGCACUUUUUUUACCAAAGAUGCUACCUAUUACCAAACAAUUUAAAAGUUAAAAAUAGCUAUAAUUUUAUGCAAGGUGUAUUACUACUCAAAAUAAUUAAAAUGGAGAAAGUUUGCAAGAAACUACUUGAUGAAGUGGCGAAUUAUGUGAAUAACUAACCUGACACUCUCACAGUCUGUUAAAAUUACCAUAACAACUUUUUUUUUUUAAUUAGGUGUUGGCAAUGAAGAUUUGAAAAUGUUUGAGCUGCUUUGUUUACCGAGUCACACAUACACGAUGAUGAUAUAAGUACCUAAAGGUCUGUUUGAUAUGUAUAAUGAUUAUAACUUCCGAAAUUGUGUGGCUAAUUAAAGAUGAAGAUAUAAGUAUUUAAAAAAUAUAUUGUGCCAUUGUUAAUGUACAUAAGCAGAUUUCUCUUAGACUAUCAAAUGCUAUUAUUUAUUCUUCUGUACUCAUAAAAUUUAGAAGUUUGAAGCAUUUUUUCAAAAAUCCACAUUGGCUGUCAUAUUUUUAUUUUGUUAAAAACAUUUGUUUAAGCUUAGUUUAUCCUAGUCCACAGUAAAUUACCAAAGUUUUCAUUCUUUGUAAGAAUCACAUGUUAGAGAUAU